AUGGAUCAUCUCAAGCGUUCCAACCUGGCGGGCAAGACCUCGGGCAAGAACUCGCCCAAGGGCAGCCCUCGUCUGAUCCCGGUGAACCCCACACACAUGGAGGUUCAGAUCGAAUCCCCGCCUCUCGUCUUUUACGGCACUCCCCAGACCUCCACCGGCGCCCUCUUCUCCGGUCAGAUCAAGGUCCUCGUCGCCGAGCCCGAAAUCACUCUUCCCCAACUCAGCCUGCGUCUUGUACGCGUCGCUACCACGAAGCGGCCCAUUGUGUCGCAUUGCCACGACUGCGCACAACAGACGACCGAAUUGACCAAGUGGGAGAUUCUCAGGGAUCCGACCACGCUGAGCCACGGCGUGCACUCAUUCCCCAUCAGCUACCUCUUGCCCGGUGACAUGCCUGCCACCGCUCAGGGCCCCCUUGGCAGCAUCGAAUACAAGCUUGUGGCCAAGACCCAAACCACGGCCGGUGAGACGCUGAACUUUGAGCGCGUGCUCAAGGUCAACCGCGCCAUCUUCCCCGGCAACGACAAGCACUCGGUGCGCAUCUUCCCGCCCACCAGCCUCACUGCACACGUCACCACGCCCAAUGUCAUUCACCCGAUUGGCGACUUCCCCGUCGAGCUGCGCGUCUCCGGCUUGACCACCCGACAAAAGGAGUUUAUCAACCGCUGGCGCGUGCGCAAGAUCAACUGGCGCAUCGACGAGCACUCCAAGAUUGUGUCUCCCGCGUGCCUCAAGCACAACCACAAGAUUGGCGGCCACAACAAGGGCAUCUUGCACCAGGAUACCCGCACCAUUGGCGAGGCCGAGCUCAAGUCGGGUUGGAAGACGGACUUUGAUGGCGAAGGACAGGCCGAAAUGGAAUUCCACGCCGUCAUUGACCCGACCUCUCACCCCGUCUGCCAUCUCGACUCCACCGAGGAGGGCGGCCUCUCGGUCUCGCACACGCUCGUCGUGGAGCUCAUCGUCGCCGAGGAGUACUGCUCCAACAAGACGCCCCAUCUCGCGACCCCGACCGGUUCGGCCCGUGUCUUGCGCAUGCAAUUCGACAUGACGGUCACGGAGCGCAGCGGACUCGGCAUCUCGUGGGACGAAGAGCAGCCGCCCAUGUACGAAGAUGUGCCCGCCUCGCCGCCGCUCUACACACAGCUUACCGAUUACGACGGUCCGCCGCUCGAUCACGACGAGCUGGAGCGGUUGUAA